AUCAAAUUGAGAAAGAGGAGGCAGAAUAUGAAUAAAAGGGCAGUAGCAAGAGGGAGGCCAUCCGGAACCGAUGGCUCUGAUUUCUCUUACCGCAUGGUCAUCAAUUCCAGAUACACAAAAGUUGCAAAGGCAAAGUCCCAUCUCGCCAAAUUGAUCUUCGCUCAGGUAGUCACUCAAUUGAUUAUAGCAGCUAAUGUAUUUGUUUUAUUAAUAAAGAAGGAGCCUCCCAAUAGAGUUUCCGUUUCUUCACUUGCAGUUGGUUUCGUCUCUAUUCUGACAGGGGAACUAGGUCGAAAGAGAAGCCGAUCCUACCUUUUGAAGUUUUAUGCCUUUGGGUCGUCGAUGUCGAUCCUGUUGUCAGUGGCAUAUCUUGCUAUGAGCAAUCUCUCAUUGGAGACUUUCCAAAAUUUUACAAGUUUGGAUACUCUAAAGGUUGCCGCUGUCCUACUAGGAUUUGUAGUGCAACUUUUUGCUAUUGGUACAACCAUUUCUCUUAUUAAUAACAUAGCACCUCCUAAGAGAGCUUUAUGAUUAUUAUUGUAACUAUUGUUUAUUCCCAAUGUGUUUGACUGACUAAAGAGAGGGUUCUUAUAUGCUAUGGCUUCUAGGGAUAUGCUGUUGUAAGUUGCCUUUAUAAAUGCAAUUUCUGAAAGCUUUUCUGAUUUAACAUAAUCUCAUGAGCUUUUGACGUGUUCAACCAUAGGUUGUUAGUAUAUCAGUCCGGAU